AUGCUCCACAAAAACUGCAAAGGCCUACGAACAUGCAACGAAGACACCGCCCAAAACAUAACCUUCCAAAACGUCACUUCAGAAGAAUUCCAAAAGAUCGAAACCUCCAACGCACUCGCCAAAUUCCGCUACAACACCAAAACCAAGAACUAA